GUCGCUUAUCGCGGGACCGUGCUACCGUGAUCUCGAACUGUGUUGGGGAUAUAUAAAUUGAGUAGUAAGGACCGAACACACCAGUAUAAUUAAUUGCAGUACUAGUUCGUCGACUGCCAGUUCCACUCAAAAUGAAGGUCGCCAUAGUUGUUUUCGCUGUUUGCAUCGCCCUUGCCUAUGCCGAGGAAUGCCGAGACACCGGUGACUGUGGUCACGUGACGUGUCCAGAGCAAGACUACGUUCUGGACUGUGCACACAGGCAAUGCACGUGCACACACACGACCGCCAGGUGUGUUGCCGCUCGUGACUGUUCGGGCCAGUGUGACCGCGACUGGCACUGCGUUGACGGCCAGUGUCGCUGCGGGUUCGGAUUUGGAGGUGGUCCCGUGGGCAAAUAGACAAACACGCUUUGUUCUGGCGUCACCAAUGCAUUUCGUGUGUAGUUUAUGAUGAAUGAUAGUCAUUAUUAUAGUUAACUGUGAAUUAAAUGUGUUGUUUUUAUGAUAUAAAAGAUAUGUCAAUACA